GUUGCUGGGUCCCAACCCCUUUGAACCAGCCCUGUAAACAACUUCAACGACCCAUGCACGUGUUCUUAAUUUCUCUUCAGCUGGAACGGUCUCAAUUUCAUGGCACCACCCAACCCCAACCAUCAAAAUCUCUGCUCUUUAUUGAAAACCCCAUUCCAUGUUUGUUAAUAUUCAAUGCUCUAAAGAAGAAGAAACAUAAUUUUGAAGAGAGAAAAUGGAGAAAGGAGAGCCUGCACUCAGAGAAGGGAAAUCCUUGGAGGAAACCCCAACCUGGGCUCUUGCAACUGUGAUCACUGUUAUGGUUGCUUUUGGUUUUCUGGUUCAUCACUCUUUGAAAAGAUUUGGCCGUUGGUUGGAAAAGACUAAGAGAAAAUCUCUGCUGGCAGCCUCGGAGAAGAUUGAAGAGGCUAAACUUUCAGAAUUGAUGCUUUUUGGGGUUUUUUCCUUAUUGAUGGUCCAUUGGAUUGAAUUCUUUGCUAAAAUUUGCAUAAAAUCGUCAGCCCUGGAUAGCCGAUUCUCUCCUUGCGCAAAGCGUAGCGAUCGGAUGAAGUUGCAGCAGAUGUUUGUUUUAAGUUCUAAGUACAGCGCUGCAGCUCACAGGCAGCAUGAGCUGCAUGACUACUGUCCUGAGGGCAAAGAUUCUUUUGCUUCAUAUGAAAGCCUUGAGCAGCUUCACCAUUUUGUAUUCGUGCUCGGUGUCACCCAUGUUUCUUACACCUUUAUCGCCAUCGCAUUAGCUAUGAUCAAGAUAUAUAGCGGAAGAGCAUGGGAGAAUCAUGCCAAGGCAUCGGCUGCUCAACCUUUACAAGGUGCAUCGCUUCUAGCAGUAAAUUCUUUCCUAGGCAUGCCUUUAUAUCCAAAGGUCCUAUUAAGAGUAAUAGCCAAUUAA